AUGCGGCGGGAAUCUGAUCACGAGAAUCCAAAAUACAUUCAUGGGGGAUUAUUCUAUAAAUUUAAAAAUGUGCUGGAUGCUUCUGAUGAUGAAUUCAAAGCGAUCCACAGAAACUCUCACGAGGUCAUUGACUUGAUGGAAAAGAAAGUUAGAGAUGAAUUUUCUACUGAUGAAACUCGCCUCUCAACGCUGUUGGAUAGGUUCCACGCUAGACUGGGUUCUAAACCUAACAAUGACAUCCGUCACAAAGUAAACCAAUUAGCAUUGCGACUUUCAGCAAUCGAUUGUCGUAGUUGUUCUAUCCACAGGUAUCUGUUUGUUCCGUAUAUAUUAUCCAGCAUCAAAAAUCGUGUUCUUGCAUCCAAAGAAUACCAGGAUAAUUUAGAAACUUUGGUUACCUUUUUAGAGAAUUCAUACAAUUCAUUAAGGACAAUUAUUAUGGAGGUCGAUGCGAUGGAAAGGAAUUUAAUAAGGUUUUCUAGUGAUUGGCGUCUCUCUCAAGAAAGCGUGCUGUCAGAUAUGCGUUCCAUGCAGCAUAUUAAAGAAAAGUAUUUAAAUUUAUCGAAAUCCCUUAGUGAAUCAGAUCGUCAAUUAAGUGAGUUAUUGUCAUCCGUUGAAAAAGCACCUGAUCAGCGCCUUCUGAUGUCAUGGAAGAAAGAAAUUGAGGAAAUCAAAGAACGAAAGGCAAUAUUAUCUAAUCGUGUAGAUCAGUACAUGGGGAUUGAUAUCGAUACCACAAAAGCUGAAAAACAAUUAAGCGAUGCUCUUUCUCAAAUGGCAUCAGUUGACUCACAGUUACAGAAAAUUAUGGGCUUCAACGCAUGGAAUUAG